AUGGCGACAUCUCAAAAGCCAAAGUCCAUCCUGAAGAAGGCCUCGUACCCCGCCACAACGACAUCGAAAGAAGACCGCGAUCGAGACCUAGCAUUGUACCACGCCGACCUGAUCCAACAGCGCAAAGAUAUCGAGCUCGAGAUCCUCCUCGCUACAGAGACUUUGAUCGACUACCCACUAGCCACAGCGCCCUACGAUGCCAGCAACCCUGCGCCCGCCGACGCGCAGACAUUCAAAUAUCUACUGCGGCCCUUCCAGCCCAGCGACUACGAUGCUCUGAUACUCGAGCGCAACAUUAAUGAGCGCUGCGGCUACACAUUAUGCGCCAACGCGCCACGCAAGGAGAGCGGCGGCGGGAGGUGGAGGAUGGUGGGGAAAUAUGGCAAGGGGAAGGAUUUCAAAGUCGUGGACAAGAAGGAGCUUGAGAAAUGGUGCUCGGAAGCUUGUGCUAUGAGGGCAUUGUAUGUGCGAGUGCAGUUGAGUGAGACUGCGGCGUGGGAAAGAGGAGAGCGUGGCGAAAAUACUGUCAAGAUUGAUUUGCGGGAUGAGCCAAAAUCGGACGGUGAUACCGUUGUUGAGGGGCUGGAGAAGUUACAGCUUGCUGGAGAUGACAGCGUCAAGAAGCAAGACACAGCACAUUUGGCGUUGGAGAGAGGGGAUAGAGGGCCUGCUGCGAGGAUUGGUUCGGUGGACGUGAAGAUACUGGAGAAGGAGAUCCAGCGAGUACCAGAGGCCCCUUCCCUAGAAGACGAAGAUCUCACUGAAAGGCUGGAUACCAUACAUCUAGGGAUCUUAGAGCAUGUCGGCAGAGAAUCGAGGGGUCAGAAGUUCACUAGCAUGGGGAGCGAGAAGAAAAUGGCAAUCAAGCGUCAUCCCCAGAGGAGAAUCAGCGACACCUUGGUGGGAUAUGAUCUCACAUUGAUCUAG